AUAACUCAAAGGUGGGAUUAUUAAAAACGAAUGACCAGAGGUGGGAUUAUUCCCAUAAAUUUUUCCAAUAAAAUUUGACAAUAUAGAUAAUUAAUUUCCCUACAUUAUGUACUCAUAAAAAAAAAAAAGAAAAAAAAAAUAGUGUCAAACAAACCUCCAAAGAAGAGCAGUAAUAAGAAUGAAAAAAAGCAGAGUCCAAAUGAAAUGAGAGGAAGAAGAAGAGGAGAGAGAAACAAGUUAAGUGAUCAGACGAUGAGUGGCGCAAAUGACAGAGACGCUGACAAAGGGUUACUCUGGAAACUUCCUGAAAUCCAAACCAAGGAUUUCGGCAAAAUCGGCCCUGCUUUCAGCUUCGGAGCUGGCUGUGGUUUCGGCUUCGGUCUCGGAGUUAUCGGCGGUUUUGGCAUUGGCCCUGGGAUUCCUGGACUGCAGUUAGGUUUAGGCGUUGGUGCUGGAUGUGGAGUUGGUUUAGGUUUUGGAUAUGGAGUUGGCAGAGGUGUUGCUUAUGAUGACAGAAAAAGAUAUUCUAACAUUGGUAGACCUUUUAACGGUUCAUAUGUUCCAUCUCAUAAUGAGGUAGGUGCACUGGUGGAUGAGCUUGUCAUCAACACCAAGAAGCUGAUGGUAGCAGCUUCAAAGGAAAUGGACAAAUGGAGACGUUAGACAGAAGCAUCCCAGGUCUUAAUAUAGGUAAAACCUUAUCAUGUCUUCUAAGUCAUUGAUUCUGAGGUGGAGCACAUUUAAAUCCUCCAACAAAAAUAAUUGUAGAGCCUUAUACUUGUAUAUUGUUGAAAUUAUAUUAUGUAAUUUUCUGCUAAUCUUGGUUCAAAUAAUUCUAUUCCAAUGUAUUGAAUUCACAAAUCUUUUC